CUUUUGACGCGUGUGCAACACCGCAUCCCACUUGAUUUUUUAGAUGGACGAUCUAUGAUUUUCACAAGUUACAAAAAAUGUUUAAAAUUGAAUCGUACGUCACGCCGCUCAUUCUGAGCUACGUCGACAAGUAUAUAAAAAACAUCAAACCUGAAGAUUCACAGGUUUCUCUCUGGGGAGGUGAUGCAGUGUUUCACAACUUGGAUUUGAGAUUGGAUGUACUCGAAGCUGAACUACAUUCUCCCUUCACGUUUUCUAGUGGACACAUUCACGAACUGAGAAUUCAUGUUCCUUGGACAAAGCUUGCCUCUGACUCUAUUGUCAUCACAAUCAACACUAUAGAAUGUACACUAAAGCUGAAAAGUACAGAGGAUCGUUCAUCAGAAAAGUCGGCACAGAGCCAAAAAGCAAAAUCAAAACGGCAAGAAGUGACUGUGAGCCCUCCUGGUUACAUUCAGUCAUUAAUGUCAAAAAUUGUAAACAACAUCAGUAUUGUCUGCAAUAAUGUAAUUUUGAAAUACUUAGAAGAAGACAUAGUUCUUUCUCUAAAUGCCCGUACAGUUUCUCUUACCUCUGUAAACAGUAAAUGGGAAACAGCCUUUACAGAAUUGACUGCACCAGAUUUCAAGUCAAGGAAGACAGUAACAGUGUCUGAUUUGACUAUUUGUUUGGAUCAGUGUAACGCUCAAGGAAAAAUCCCUACAUACCAGGAACCGUUUUUAUAUAGGUGUUCGUUAACUGUACGAUUGUGCUCAACGUAUCCAAAUGCCAAUGGGGCCAAAGCAUUGAAAACCUGCAUAGACUUUCUCUUCCCCAAACUCGAUUUUUCGUUAUCGGAUCAGCAGAUUCCCAUGUUUAUCCGAAUUUUCAACUUGGCUCUGGCUUUAUAUCUUGGUGAUUUCAAAAACAAACCAAGUGCAAAAGAAGAGGCAGUAGAUUCGUCUACAAUCGAUAACGAUGCCAAUGACGAAGAAGAAAACUCUGGUAGCCAGUCGUGGGCUGGCUGGGCUUGGGGUUAUGUACCCGCUAUUUUGCCCGUCUGGGAAAACGAGGCUACAGAAGGCAGUGAUGUAUUGCCUUCCGAUCGCGAAAGAAUCUUUCAACUCGGAGUAUUUGUUGAGCGUAUCAACUGGACCUUCAAAUGGGCUGAAAUGAUUCGCGAUGUAUCUAUCUCAUCCGCCCCAAGUCGACUUCGGUUCCAGCCUUUCUUGACAGCCCGAAUGCAAGGAUGUUUCCUCCAAGUAACAUUAGUCGGCAUUGAAUGGGUCGACGUACAAGGAGGGAUCAGUCACUUGACAUUAGAACCUUCCUCGCCUUGUUGCUUGUGCGGAGUGCCAGAAGAAAUUAUACUCUAUUAUCUACAAGGCUGCGAACGGGCAGCUUACCUGAACGGUUCACUUUAUGACCCGGAUGAAAAUGUGGUGGAAUCCAAACCUAAUUGUCAGUGGGAAGAUCACGUCCAAAGGAAAACUGAAGCUACUCUGUUGGAACGCACCCCAGCAUUAGGUUUUGAUUACUUGUAUCAGUUGGAACUUCCGAGCGAAAUCACUUCCGAAUAUCUGUCACAGCUAGGAUCAGAGCUCGAGUACAGGAACUUGCCCGAAAAGGCUCUGUUCCGCCUAGCCGUCAGUCCACUGCAAUUGAAAGUCUCUUACGGAUUGUGCCAUCGCCUCAGCGCCUUACUCCAUGCAGCUCAUCUCUACAACUAUCCAGAUUAUGCCGAUCCCGAAUUGGAACUGAUCCGGAGAUCAUCAUCUUCUCCGGAAGCAGAUCAGCUAGUAAUUAUGGGCAGUAGUUUGCCCAGCAGGACGUAUCAAGUAGCAAUCCUGCGGCCCCUGAUUUUCAUUUCUAUCAAUUCGCCGCAUCCGGAUUUUGACUUACAGCGUCUUGUUGAACGGAGAGUUACCCGGACGAAAGAUAAUUUGUAUUCCGGCUCUGCUUUGUCCAUGCCUGUCCUGAAAUUGACUUGCACGUGUGCCGAUCUUCAAAUUAUCCGGCCCAUGUAUCCAAUCCGGUUGACACUGGCGCUGCAGGCGCUUCCAUCACCUCCGCCUGUUCUCCUUCAGCAAUGCCACACCAUAACCCAACUCAAAUUGCAAGAACUGUCGGCUGAUCUUGGAAUGGAAGAAUGCCAACUUCCUCUCAUCAGGCCCUGCAAUUUUUCCGCCAGCCUGAAGCUACUUCUGUUGCCGGAACUGUGGCAAACGGAACGAGCGUUUUCGCAUUGGAAACUGGAAUCGGAAACGUUGGAACUAUUGGCUAGUCGACCCCAAUUGGAUUUCCUUUUAUUUGUCUGGAACGUUUUGACAGAUCGCUUUACAAUUCCCACCAGAGUUUGGCCAUUAGAGGCAUUAAAUACAUCGACCUAUCCAAUUUUGCAAUUGAAUAUGAACGGAAUCAAAAUCGAUUACAUGCAAACGCAAUCAACUGUGUGUGUCGGGACGACAUUCAGGUCGCUGGAUGCGUCCAUCUUGCAACCAAAUCCAGUACUUUUCUUUUCUCAUAUGCCGGAUCCUCAUGGUCACAACCUUGUCGAAUGCUUGAUUCAGGCGCCUCGUUGCCUCAUCCAGCGGAAGAUGGAAGCAGAUAGUACUGUACCCGUGUUUAUUUUCAAACUGUCUAGCUUCGACAUCCUCCUCGAUCCUGGUUGGUUGAAAUGGCUGAAUUAUCAUUCGGAUGCGUUAAUUGAGAAUGUGCAAUCAGCCGAACCGGAAGAAGAAACGGAAAGGAAACAACCGGCAUCUUUCCGUAGCAAUCAAUCCAAUUGUGCACGAGAUUCCGGAUUAAGUAGUUCCAUGGAUGGUCAAACGUGGCGAGCGUCAAGCUUGCAGAAAUCGGCAUUAACCAAAUCGGCCGAAGAUGUUUCAUCAAAUCAACCCUUUGAUUGGGUGGCAAUCCGACGGAUGCUUCAACGUUCCAUCCUCCACGUUGACAUUCAGCCAAGCAGUCUUGUCAUUCCAGGAGACGCAGGAGAAUUGCGACUCCAAUUCCAAUUGCCUGUCGUUUACGUGGCGUGUCCCCACAGCCGAACAUCGACGUUAACCCUCGAGGAUCUUCCGUUCCAAGAUAGCGGAUCACUCAUUUCGUCGUUUCCGUGGACAGUUAGCUUCCAAAAUUUCGGGCUUUCUUCUGGUCAUCAAAUGCAAAACCUUUGUCCCAUUUUGGAGCCUAUUUCGCUAAAAAUGACGAUAGCUCUAAAUCCAUCUACUGCACAUCAUCCGGUUGCGCGGAAGUCUAUCGAAGUUGUGCCACCAAGUAUCGAUUUGUGCAUUCAUAUCGACAUGAAUGCCAUCGAGGUAUCACUCGACGUUCAGCAACUACAACUUUUAUGUAACAAGUUCGCUGAUUUAUCGAACUGGUUAGGCGUUUCUACAUCAAACAGCCAGACUACAUCCGUCAGCCAAUCGAACUUUGAUUUUGGAUUGUGGCUUCAGUGGGCCGUUCCGCGAUUUGUAUUAGCCCUAGAAACUCCUUCCAGCCGAACUGUCUUAGACAUGGAAGAUGUAACAACUUCUCUCGAUUAUCAACAUCAUCAUUACGCCAAGAUUAAAUCACGAUUGACAUCAUUGUCGGUCAAAUUAUUCACGCUCAUCGAAGAGACGUGGAUCUUGGAAUCUAAGACAAACGGCAUCGUCUUGUCUUGCGUAGACGAUAUCACGCGUGAUUUGAUGCCAUCCGGUGCUAUCGACAAGACAGUUUCUGCUCCGGCGAUAGCCGCUACGCCACCAGAUGUUUUCCAGAAUCAACCAACAAGUAAGAGUAGCGCUGCAGGAAAUGCUGGAGGAAUUUUAUCGCUGACGUGGACCCGAGCUCGCCGUCAAGACGUCCAUUCUAAAUGGCAGUCUAGAAAACGCAAGAAGAGCAAUCAAACUGAAGAGGAAGUUGAAGAGGUUGCUAUAAAGUCUGAUAGUUAUCUACACGAAGUGGAUAUCGCCAUGGAACCUAUAGAUAUCGUGGUGACAGAACUUCUCUUGAACCAUUUUGUUGAACUUGUCCAGCCGGCGCUUUGUGCGUUAUCGCGGAUUGUAACUCCUACUUCUACCCUCCCAGCUAGUAGCCAUACCUUGCCGUUAAUUUUCGCCACUAGCAAAGGAUUGCGACUGUUUUUCGUCCAGGAAAGAUUUCUUCUUUUGAAUUUAGAUGGAGCAGAAUUAUCCCCCCAUGUGCAAAAUCCAAUCGGUCGAACCGCUCAGCUCAAACCUGACUUGUAUGACGAAGCCGAACGGCAAGGUCUUCUUUUUGUUCCAGGACAUGAUGUUGAAGAUCGGCAAUAUCAGAUCGAUGUGUCUGGCUUGUCUUUGAGUUCAGGAUGUUGGGGUGAAGUCAGUCAAGCUAGUUGGGUUUGGCGUACGCUCAAUCCGGCUUCGACUCUCCAUACCAUGGCCGAAAAUCCAGCAUUAGAAUGGAAUGCUCGUCAAGAACAACCGUCUGAACCUCGCGUUGGACUGACCCCCAUUUUAGCCCGUUGCUCCUUCCGCGCCGUUUACGCUCCGCCGAUCGUUAGUUUGGAACAACAAUGCGUCGUGGCUGGCCAAUCGUUUGAGAUCAGCGCUUCCAGUGAUGUACAGCUACUGAUCGAUGUUGAACAAAUCAAUUACUACGCCCAGUGGGUAGAAAUCCUCCAUGCAGCUGUUAGCAAUUUGUCUUCUGGAGGAGAGCCAUCAAUCAGUUUCCCAAGUCACUCAUUUUUCACGUCUAACCGGAUUGGAGUCAUCAUCUACUCAUCCCAAGCCGAAGGAUUUCUGCCUUUCGCGUUAGUCAGUCUCAUCCAGCCUCAUGUGCUGAUUAAAGCAGAUGAGCACGAAACAAGAGAAAUUGCAGUCUACGAUAUCCGGUCACAGCUUCCUUGCUGGUCGGAUGGAUCCCCUGUUAAAAGCAUUUCGCUUCCGGAUGAAAGCAUGUUUCCCAUCAGUUUAACAGAAACACGACCCGGACAGCCGUCCGUCAUUACUGGCGUGCCACCUUCUCUUUUUCGUCUACAAAUCACUUCUUCCCAUCAAAUGGAUAUCGAACUAGGCCGACCAUUUAAAUUGAUUCUCCACGCCGAUAAUAUUUCUAAUCUUCAGUUUAUCGUCGGACAAUUAAAACGCUUUCAGGCGAAUGAAGAGCAUUCAAAACCAUCUCUGUAUCGUCGAAUUAAUUUGAAAACAAGCCAAGUUAUAGUUGAAAUACCUGUUACUUCGGCCGUGGUUAUUGCUGGCCUGAACGAAAUAUCGCUGAUGGUCAAUUGCCAAUUUGACACGAACGAAGAAAAGCGAGAGAAAAUGGAAGCCAACUUACUAGUAAAUGCAUUUUGCGUCAAAGCGGACAUGGACCCCGAUGUAAACUUGCAAUUGUGCGACCCAUUUAGCCUCGAUUGUCGUGUCCAGUUGCUCUGGCCCCACUGGCUAUCAGAUGGACGUUCAUUGCUGCACGCAUUUUGUCGAGCCGAUAACCUUCGUCUUCAUGCUGGACCGCGUCAAAUUUCCGUGUGUCAGUCACUUACGCAAUGGUUCCUUGACAAUUGCCGUCCAUCGCAGAAUGACGAGCCGACCCGUAAAGCCACCACGGACAAGGAUGAGCAGCAUUACCAAGAUGAUUUAAGGACUGGAGCAUUUGAUUUCCAAGUGCGUGAUACUACCAUUCAACAGUCAUCUUCAUCCAGAAGCUCCAUGCAAACUGAAGAAAAACCUCGUCCGUAUCAGGUGGUUUUCAACGUCCAACCGGCUUCCAUGUGCUGGGCAUAUCCUCAGCCAAGAGCGCUGACCCGAGUUGAUGUUUAUCCGAUCCCGCUGAUGAAAGCGGAUGGAGCCAAUCAAGAUCCCGGAGCUGGAGUUGAACAAGUCGAUUGUACUUUGGAGUAUUGGGAUCAUUGCAGUCAACAAUUUCGAAUUUUGAGACGUUUUUCGCUAUCGGAAACUCGGUUCACUCGAGUUCCUUUACCCAGCGUGUCUGCUCAGAGUAAACAGAUUGCACAGGAAGAUGAGAAGAGAGCCGAAAAAGAACUUUUGGAUAAUCAAGUGGCUUUUUCGGAUAUGUGGCGCAUCGUGAUGCAUUUCACGGAAGAAAAUUUGCCUGAGAACCGGCCGAAAAAAAUCAUCGCUGCUCCGCCAAGUUUGGUGGCUUGUACCAGGAUUGAUUCUUACUUCAAUGCUUCCAUGGUGCCUGACAUUCAGUUGGGUUUUACAUUCAAUCAGAUUUCGUUGUCUCUACACAAUCAAGUGGUUAUUCCACCAUCAUCUUUGCCGGAUGGCCAAUUCCAGCUGGACGGAACGAUGCCAACCGAUUUCCCAUUCGCAGCUCUAAAUUUCCAUUCCAUUUCGGCCAACUUACGAUAUCGUUUAGCAGAAACGUUAACGGCAUCUUUGGAUCUGUCGUCCCAAGUGCAAGCUAAUCUCAUCAACUUUCGUUUCCUGGUUGAUGAGCCUAUUCUCGAGCCAACAAAUAUGGAUGUCAAAAUCCUGUUGGAUGAGGGCAAGUUCGUGACCGCAUUGAUUUCGAGUCAUAGAUCCAUGGAUUUUAACAUUGGCCAAUGUAGCGUUCAUACCUUGACAGCGUGUUUGAGCUCAUGGAACGCGUAUUUUAAUCGAGAAAGUCACAUUGAUCCCAUCUAUACGGAUUAUGUUCUACAAAAUGACACCCAAAACGUUUUGCGAAUCGGCCAAUCUGGGACAGGUGAAUCGAUACUGCUGACGUCACGCCGAGCUCAUCAAUACGCCUGGAAAGUUAUGGGAGAAAGUAAUCAGCUGCAAGCUUGCAUGGAAGGUGGAAGAUGGAGAUGGUGUCAGCCGUGUUCCAUUGACCGAGCGGGUACGAUUGUCCGUUCGGUACUGGAAAAUCGCCCUAAACUGCCACUGAUAUGGACCAUCAAAGCGCUCAAUUGUAUCCAGAAGCAAGUCACAGUCCGUGGCCAGGUGCAGGUCGCUAAUCUAUUGCCUCACGUGCUGGAAGUUAAAUUGGUACCUUCCAAGUCUGAGCCAAGUGGGGCCAUCAUAAUAGGCGAAAUGAAAGGUCAAAUAGGUGCGUCUUGUGUUGCUCCUUCAUUUGUUUUCCCACUGGAGCAUCUCCACGCUGUUAAAGUGCGCCUAUCCGGUAAUACGUGGUCUGGGCUGAUUCCUGUUGUCCAACUGGAAACGAAGACGAGGAACGUUUUAUUAGUUCGAGUGGCCCAAAAAGACAAGAGUGAUUCGCUAAACUUGUGGUGUCAUCUAUGGACAGAGAAAAUUGACAGCCAUCAUUCUCGAUUAUUAGUUCUCUUCUCUCCAUUGUAUAUGGUACGUUCGUAUUUACCACAACCACUACGGCUGCACCUGCGAACUCCCGGACUGAACUCGUCCGUCUUCUCGGAAAUUGAUGGACGGGGUAGUCAGUCUGUCAUGGAAUGCCCGGGCAGUGUUGAUCAUGGCCACCAGCUAAGCUUUCAGCUGAGUUCUAGUCUACCAGAAUCUACCCCACCAGUUCCACUAUCGUGGACGAUGGCUUCGCAAAAUAGCGGAAGUGCUAGCCCACAGCCACCGUUUAUUGACGAUUUGCUGGAACAACUUUUCACUGACCAUCCAGUUGAGAAAUGGCCAUUUGCCGAAGACUGGGACUAUAUUGACUCAAAUGACAUUCCGCAACCGAAAACGGAUGUUCGAGUCACAUUCUCCAGCCUACACCGAUGUUGCCAUACGUUGUUGGUCGAAUUGAAGCCAUGGGCAUUGUUCAUCAACCACGCUGGCAUUGAUUUGGUGCUGAAACGGGCCAGUGAUUCAACCGACUACUGGACGAUUCCCAAUCGUGCAGUAAUGGCGCCUCCGCCUAUGAACGACGAUACCUUUCAAAUUGGCAUCACCAAAGAGGGACAAACGGAAUCUGCAUUCUAUUCCCAACCGCUACUAUUACAGGACCAAGACCAUUUUCACUUCAUGUAUCGACCAAGAGUGGAAGGUGCCAUUCCUUUGGAAGGUCACUGUUCUGUUCAAAUAAAUACAGAAGAUGGCACUGUGUGCUUUUUGACGUUGACGUCUAAAAUGCACGAUGGAAUUCGCAUUUUAUCCGUUCAACCAACAUUCCGUAUCCACAAUGACACAGGGAGUGUUUUGAAAGCCGGUUGCGUAAUUGGAUAUGAUCAAUUGGAAUGGAAACAGGCGGUCAUGGAACCUAAAGGAGACUCUUGUGCUGUUCCAUUGCUAUUUUGGCAAGGUGGAGGAAAAAAUUCAGACCACCUCUUCUUAUCGAUUCGAGCUUGUUCGGACUGGAGUUGUCCCAUCCAACUUUGCCAUUCAGGAUCUCGGAACGCGAACAGCUACAAUUUCAACCCCCAACGUUACUCCGUAUCUGUUCCGCUGUCUAACGAAUGUCGUGAACCCGAAACGAUCAACAAUUGCCCCAUCAUCAUUACCCGAUUGGAGCAAAACGGACUGACGUAUCUUUCCGUUGCCGUCGAUCCUAACCCAUUAUGGGUUCUUAUCAACAAAACUGAAUUGACUUUGGCAUACGCACAAGCUUCUGAUUCUAUUCCUGGUCAACCCGAAUCAGAUUGCGACAAAUUUUAUUGGCAUGCUGUUAUUGGCCCCAAUGAAGCGGCCUUCUAUACCCCACCAUGGGGCCAGUUGCGCUACAUGGACGUUUCACCACCUACCAAUCUUCCGAGAUUGCUACUUGCUUUGGAAGAGGCCAACCCAAAAUGGAGUCAUCCAGUACAUCCAAGCCAUGCAUACGACCAAUUCCUUAGCCUAUCACCCAAUGUCGACGUGAUGGUGAGAAUUGUUCGAACAAUCACACCCAAUCAAACGGCGAUUUACAUCGAACCCGUCAGCCUCGUUGAGAUAUCAGCAUCGGAUGUCCGAGGACGGAUUGAACUCCCGCAAAUGCCUCCGCAUUCACCGGUAGAAACUAUUCCAGUUGAGCCACUACGCCCGACUCCACGUCUACCUUGUAAGACGGAUCGAAAUUGCCAAAACCUUCAUGAGUUAGCUGGUAAUCAGUUCGCCGGAAUAUCCAACAUCGUUUCGGAAGAAAAGGAUUAUAAUGCGACUGUUUACUGGCCAGAAAUUGGUGUUUGUUUUCGGGAUGACACUACUUUCCAACGCCGGGAAAUGUCUCGAUUAACAGCUGACCAUGUUUUGAUAGACUACUUGCACAGUUCUUCUGCUCGUCGCAUCGUCCUCCGCUUCGGACAUAUUCAAAUGGACAACCAAAUGUAUCAGCCGCAGUCAAACGUUCCAGAAGCUGGCAAUCGACCUCAAGAUGAAGAGAAUCAAGGAUUCGAUUUCCCGGUCAUUCUUUUGGCUCAGGCUACACUCACGUGGCCGGAGAAAUCGCUGACCAAAUUACUGGGUACCCUUCGUGAGAACGCGUUCUUUGUUUUGGAACUCGGUUUGACUAAUUCUGGUCGGCCAGCGUCACUCGAUUUCCAGUUAGAUCCAAUUUUUCUUUUUGUCGAAGACCGUUUCAUCGUGGCGGCCAUGGAUUACCUGAACACUUUUUCAUUCAAUUCGCAAAUUGUUAAAAAGAAAACAAGUGAGUCUUCGGGUGUGGUGUCGUUUCCGGAUCGAGUGGCCGAUGCAUUGUCUAGCCUAUCGGUCUCGGUCAACUUGGAUCAGUUGACAGUGCGAACCAUUUCGCUCGAUUUAAGUCUACGCAGCUCAGUCAAGCUCUAUAUUGCACUGGAUCAUUCUCCCCUCCGAUUGGACGCGUUUGAACGCUCUUUGGUGUUAACGACGCCUUAUAAACUAGGCCAAACAUUGGCAAUGCAUUACGUUUCCAGUGCCCUCUUCAAAGCUGGCUGGGUCGUAGGGUCUAUGGAAUUGCUUGGUUCCCCAACCGCCUUAGCCCGCACUGUUACAAUUGGUUUGAAAGAUUUCGUUCGGUUACCAUACCAGGGCAUAUGGCGUGGCCCACGAGGUUUCCUUGCGGGCAUUUUUAAUGGUUCUGCCUCAUUGGUGAGUCACGUUACGGCUGGAACGGUCACAUCAGUCACCCAGUUGGCAAGUAGUGUGGCUCGUAAUGUCGAUCGCCUGUCUUUCGAUUCGGAUUUCCAGCAACGAAGCGAAGAAGGACGAAGAAAAAAACCCCAAGGAUUGGUCCAAGGAAUCGGCUGGGGUCUCAGCGCUUUAGGAUUGAGCCUGCUUGGUGCUUUGGGUGGAUUGGCUCACCAUCCGCUUCAAUCUUUGAUAGAGAACGGAACAGUCAGUCCGCGAGGUCUGGCCGUUGGUUUGACUAAAGGAAUUGUCGGUGUAGUAGCUAAACCUAUUUCUGGAGCAGCUGAUCUGGUUGCGCAAACCGGCCAAGGAUUGUUGAGCGCAACCCAAUGGAACGAACCGUUUCAAGCAAGACGACCACAGUUAUUGGGAACCAAUCAGCUCGAACUCAUAUGUUCUGGACCAGCAAAAAUAUUGUGGAAAUUGAGUGACGAGAUGCCACCACUGAUUGGACAUCAAACUAAAGCAAGUCGGAUUUGUUGCUGUUUGGAGGCCAUGAGAGCUCGUGUUAAUGAUGCUCUUCCCAUUCGCGAACAAUUGGCACCCGUGAUUUUACUCGUUUCAACCCAGAAUUUUUGCGUUCUGAAUGCUGAAGACGGAGAAGUACAAGUGGUCCUUGACUUGAACGAAGUCGACUGUUGGGCUCACGAAACCGAUCCAACGGUGAUUCUGGUAAGACCUACUCCGUUGAGCACUCCGGCGCCCAUGGAACCUCGACGUGACGAUGAAUUCAAUCCCCACUACGACUAUCAGCGAGUCAGUGAGUUUGUCAGACUUACAACACCGUAUUUUCUACAAGACGCUGCAGUGGAGACUAUUCAAGACGCUGCAACCGUCUAUCAGACCUCUUCAAUAGCCACUAUGGAAUUUUUUCUCAAUCCCACUACCAAGGAUUUCUUUAUUCAAUGCUUUCAAAUGGCCAAACAGCAAAGAAAGGGAAUUGGUUUUGCUCUUAUUUGAUUCGUUGUUUGGUUGCUAACUUGCCUUGGACCGCUCGCUAUUGUUAAGCAUUUGUGUGUGUGUGUGUGUGUGUGAACAAUUGUGAAUUUGAAAAUUGUUAAUUCUAUUUGUUGGUUUAUGCUGUUUGUGCUAUAUAUAUUUUUUUCGUCACA